AUCACACCCAUUACACAUGGUAUUUCACAUGGUAAGAAAAUUUCACAGCUAUUUGCACUGGAAGGUGGUUAAUCUAUCCUUGUAAGCUGUGUUUCACAUGCUUUUCACAUGAUAUUUCACAUCACAUCUUGUGGAAAUACUAUGUAAGAACGUGGAGCCCGUUUCACAGGUAUUUCACAUGAUUAUUUCACAUAUCAUUUCACAUCUCUGUGAAAUAAUAUGUGAAAACCUAUGUGAAAACUCUGUGAAAUUCCUGUGAAAAAUUCACAUGUUUUUCACAUGAACUUCACUGCGUGACCGUCGAGGUUUCGAAAGGUCGUUUUUAUUAGUUCAUGAACUUAUGUUUCAAGAUUCUCAGUCUGCUAAUCUGAGCAUCUGUCCCUGUUUCCAAAGCUUUUAAUUUCAAUUAAUUUCAUUUAAUUGGGUUAAGUAACUUAUCUAAAUGAAUAGAGAAAUUCCCUAAAUCAGUUCUCUCUUUUUCUGGUCUCGUUUCAUUUCUCUUAGCGGAACCGCUAAUUAACUCUCUUUUAACCUGACCAAUUACAGGCGUACCAUUAACUCCUACUAUACAGAUGGAGAAAACCAAAACAUUAAGCUGCGACGUCAACCUUACAUGGAGCACCCCUGCUGAUAACGGAUGUCCGCUGACCAAGUACUCAGUGUACUACAGACUGAGUUAUGAAGACAAGCAAGAGGCAAUAUGGCAUGAAAUAAAUGAUCUCGAAGAGAAUGCGUUCAUUCUGACGUUAAAAUGUAACUCGCGGUAUGUGAUCGAAGUGUCUGCCUGGAAUGAGUUGGGAGAAAGUAACAGAUCAAAAACACUGGAAAUUACAACAAAUUCAGGUUAG